AUGGGCGAAGGCUGGUUACCGCCUCAGCAACAGCAGCUUCCCUCACCACCCCCAACGCCCCCAAAAUCCGUGAAAAAUGCCCUGCAGACACCAUACCUGCUUCCACAAAGUCCUCUAAUUAGCCCUGCCUCCGGGGCCCCUCAAAGCGCCCCGUUCGCACUGCUUGGGUCUCAGCCUACUGAGCCAGUCCCAGUCCCAACGAAACCCCUUUCGUCAAGUCCAUGUUCCCAGAUAAUGAGCAGCAUCAGCAGACUGGCUGACUGCGACAUGGGAGAAACGGAAGAGGGACUAGAGUGGUAUGCUUGGCUGCGCAAAAUGGGCCUCAACUCUUUUCAGAUACGUAUUAUCUGGAAGUAUCGGCGUGGUGUUGAAUGGAAACAGAUAGCCUUCGAAGAAGGUGCAAUCACCGGACGCCGCACACAUAACGCUCUUAUGAUGGACCUCAGCAGAUGGAGAGUUAAAUACCCUGCCCUCAAUGAGCAACUGCCUUUACGGAGACCUUCGCGAAAGUCUACCCGAAAAUCUGGAAAAAAGCCCUCUGGACAAACGACUGCACGCAGGUAA